AUGCAUCGGGGGAUAAGCCUGGCCUUUCAGUUGUGCGGGAAGAUGGCGGUCGCUGGCGCAGAGCCGCAGAUCCUGGUACAGUACCUGGUGUUACGAAAGGAUCUAUCACAGGCGCCGUUUUCCUGGCCAGCGGGCGCACUGGUAGCACAGGCUUGUCACGCAGCCACCGCGGCCUUGCACAUUCACCAGGACCACCCGCACACGGCCGCUUACCUCCGGGAGCUGGGGCGCAUGCGCAAGGUGGUCCUCGAGGCCCCAGAUGAGACCACCUUAAAGUUGCUGGCAGAGACGCUGCAGCAGAAGAACAUUGACCACAAGCUGUGGGUGGAGCAGCCAGAGAACAUCCCCACUUGCAUUGCACUCCGUCCCUACCCCAAGGAGGAAGUGAACCAGUAUUUGAAGAAGUUCCGAUUGUACAAAUGACUGAAGUUAUCAAUUGCUUUGAUAUGUUUGAAUAUCAGCUGGAUCCAGAAACUGCACGCCGUCCAUCCCUAAGCACUGUGUACUCCUUUCAGUGGCAAUUCCCUUCCCUUUAAAUUAUGACAGUUUCUUGAGGGUCAAAACAUGUUCAUAUUAAAGUUGUCAUUAAUAA